UUCCACACUCCGAAGCAGAAGGUGGCGAUGGUAAACACGCUGAACGCCAACCGCCACAAAACCUGGAAAAGAACACAGUCAUGUGACGUCUGAUCAUAAACACCAAAUGAAACCGAAAGCUGUGGAAGUCUUUUACGUUGGCAAGCGUGUUUAUAUACAUAAUUUCAACGGAAAGUAUGGACUGAUAUUUAUAAAGAACUAGGCUAUAUGGAAAAGUGGAACCUAUGGAAAAUAAAUCACUGGAUGUCUCAAUGAGGGCAGAUAAAACACGACUUCUGGAGUCACCUAAAUGCGAUUCCGACAUUGCACAAUGUCUGUGAUUACAAGUAUACUUGCAUUCACUGUUCUGUUUACCCUAGUGCUAUGCAUGGAAAUACCUGCCCCGGAACAUCUAAACCUGUCGUCCCAAUAUUUUGUCCACUUGUUGUCUUGGAAAAUGGGGCCAGGCUCUCCUGAUGGUGUCCACUACUCCGUCAAAAUAAAAACAAAAAGUGGGAGUAUGGUGGUGGUGGAGGCCUGUGAAAAUGUGACAUCCCCUCUACUGUGUAAUCUUACAGAAGCCUUUUCUGAUGUGGAGGAAAUCUAUUACAUUAUUGUUUCUGCCGCUCUAGGCAGCCAUAUGUCACCGAAUGCGUCCUAUACCCCAUUCAAACCCAUUGAUAACACUAUUUUAGAGCCACCGCUGGUGACAAUCACAGUCUGUAAUCAAUCACUGUGUGUAAGUCUCAGAGCACCUGCUGAGAGGCUCUCUGAAAUUUACAAGUCAUUCAAGUUGAAGUAUAGACUGAGGGUCAGCAGUGAAGAUGGAACAGAGUUUACUGUGGAUAAGGAAGGGUUGGGGAAUGAACCCCUUAGCAACCUGGCCCCUGGCCAAAGGUACUGUGUGACUGUCAGUAUCAUUGAUCGAAGCCCACCCAACAGACCACCAGUAUGUGCCUCAACCCCUAAAACAGCAAAUGUUUCAGAUGCAGUUAUCUCUGUCAUUCUUUGUCUCCUGAUGGUGAUAUUCGUGAUGUGCACUCCGAGACUUGUUGUUCACUUCUUUUGUCUAAAAGCAGAUCUUCCAGCAGUUCUGGGCUCGUAUAAGGGUAUAAACAAUGUUAUUUUUAUCCCUACUGGUGAACCCAUCAGUGCCCUCUAUGAGGAGAAAGGCAGACUGGAAAAAGAGAUUGAGGGAGAGGCAGAGGAGGAACUGAAAUAUGAAAAACUUGUGGACCUGUAUCAGGAUUUUCAGGGUUCCUCUCUCGCUAUUUUUCCAGUGUCAUCUAGUUCUUGUUUGCUUAUGAAUCAAAGUCCAGAUAAACAGCUGUGCCCCACCUCUUCCAUGAAUGCUCAGAAUAAUGGUUUGAUUAUGUACGAAGGCAGUCAUGUCCAUACUGAGCCAGCUGAACCAACAGCCUCUCCUAGGUGUGAACACCUUGCUCAAGGAACAACUCAACUUCCGAACUUAUGUUCUGUUGUCCCCCUUGCUUUGGAAAAGCAGGACAGUGAAAACAGUACAGAUGUAAACCUGUUUUCUGUGAGGCUAGGAGGAUUUUUAGCAGAGAAACACAAAGUUGAUCCUGAUAAAACCUGCAGGACUAAAGAUGAGCUGGGAUCAUAUCCUCAGAGCCCAGUAGAAACUGCUGUAAUGGGACCUACCUGGAUUUCUGAUGUACAGUCCCAAAACUCUGAAGAUGAGGAUGAAUAUUCAGAUUAUUUAAGUCAAAAUUAAUUUGUUGGAGGAAAUAUAUAUUUUACUAAUGUUACUUAGUCACAUGAGAAUAUAAAAGCAGCUUUAUAUGCAUUUUUUAUACUGUAUUUGACUUUUUUUUUAUAUGCAUUAAAUUCUAAUGGUGGUCUAACAUAAUUAUUCAUAAUAACUGUAUUGCUCAUAUUUGUCUGAACAAGUAUGAGAUAGUGUUCCAAGUAUCACUAGCAAGUCAGAACAAGAGUAUUUUAAAAAUGGCUGCUUACAUUCAUUUCAUUUUUUAUUAACAUUUUCUGUAUAUGCUUAAAUGGUUUAUUCUUUUUGUUCCUUACAAGGAAAAUGUAUGUGUUGGCUAGACAUUUGAACCUUUUAUCUUGAAAUGUGUCUGUGCAACAAACAUUCUUUUGUUACUGAAGAUAUACAGUUGAAGUCAGAAUUAUUCGCCCCCUUUGCUUUUUUUUUCUUUUUCAAAUAUUUCCCAAAUGAUGUUUAAUAGAGCAAGGAAAUUUUUACAGUAUGUCUGACAAUAUUUUUUCUUCUGGAGAAAGUCUUAUUUAGUUUAUUUUUGCAUGAAUAAAAGCAGUUUUUAACUUUUUAAAAAUAAUUUUAAGGUCAAAAUUAUUAGCCCCUUUAAGCUAUUUUUUUGAUAGUCUAGAAAACAAACCAUUGCUAUACAAUAACUCGCCUAAUUACCCUGACCUGCUUAGUUAACCUAAUUAACCUAGCUAAGCCUUUAAAUGUCACUUUAAGCUGUAUAGAAGUGUCUUGAAAAAUAUCUAGUAAAAUAUUAUUUACUGUCAUCAUGGCAAAGAUAAAAUAAAUCAGUUAUUAGAAAUACAUUAUUAAAACUAUUAUGAUUAGAAAUGUGUUAAAAAUACUCUCUGUUAAACAGAAAUUGGGGAAAAAAUAAACAGGGUGCUAAUAAUUCAGGGGGGCUAAUAAUUCUGACUUCAACUGUAUAACAAAUUCACCAUUAAAUCAGAAUAAAUGUAUACUUUUUGAAUAUUGUUGUCUUCAUUACAAAUAAUCAAAACGUGAUAUUUGUUAUUUU